AUGGUUAAAGUUUUGUAUGCCCCUAAUGAUAUUUCUAAUCAAACGAUAGCUGCAACGUUGGAGAAGUAUGGAAAAAUAGUGAAAGUGGAACGAGAAAUGUAUCGUGAUUGGCCUAAUGUCGAAACUGGUGUAGGGGAUUCCCCGUCGUCUCUUUAUUGGCCAUUAUCCGAUAGAAACUAGAUACCGUGGGCAAGUGCCAUUAUGUAGCAGAUGUGGCGAAUAUGAAUAUCUUAUUGCCACGUGUUCGAAUGAUGUAAAUGUGGCCAGUUUGGGCAAAUCAGAGCAACUUGUCUAGAGAAUCGACGUCAAGCGUCCGAUGACAGAGAUGAUCAAUCGUCGGAGAACAACUUGAGUAAUGAUAUCGGUCAUGAUGAGGACGGUAGUGACGUUUACCGGUCGAGUGAUGAAGAUAUGGACCGUGCGGAAUCGACAAGUUGUAAGGAUCCAGGCGGCAUCAGAGAUGCAGUCAUGCUCGGGAUAACCAACACCGCCAGCCAACAUCAUCCAACAGAACAAGGAACUGUCCAAACAGUCGAGAACAACAAACGGAAAGCAGAAGAGAACGUUUCCAUACCUGAAGAGGGCGUUUCGGUUCCUGAGGAUCCCACUGACCAAUGUGUCAGUGAUAUGGGAGGCUCACCUGAAGAUAAGACAAAAAAGACGGAUAAGGGGAAAAAGAAGAAGAGGGGAAAAAAUAAGCACUAA